AUGGGGCCCGGGGUGGGGGGCGGGGGCCACCUGCUGUUGACUGUGGCCACCACCACCCUGACGCUGCUCGCAAAGCCCCCCGGACCUCCCCAGGUAGCCCCCAGGGCCCUGGGACACGUGCACUGGGCCCCCCAGGGCCUCAUGCCUCAGCUGGGAACUGGGGGAGGCCCAAACAGGUCAGGAAGGCCAGGACUUCUGGGUCCAGUGCCCCUCCCCACACACUUGAGGGGUUGGCCUCAGCCCCUCAGUCUCCAGCUCGCUGUGUCUUUGUGUCUACCCUGCCGCCCCCCUGCAGGCUCCUGGGGGACUCGCAUCAUCGGGGGACGCGAGGUGGCCCCCCACUCCCGGCCCUACAUGGCCUCUGUGCGCUUUGAAGGCCAGCACUUCUGUGGGGGCUUCCUGCUUCAUGCCCGUUGGGUGGUCUCAGCUGCCCACUGCUUCAGCGACAGGGACCCCCUCUCGGGCCUGGUGGUGCUAGGGGCCCACGACCUUCGAAUCGCUGAGCCCACACAGCAGGUGUUCCGCAUCGAGGAGGCCUUCAGACACCCCGACUACCAGCCGUCCACGCACGCCAAUGACAUCUGCCUGCUGAAGCUGAAUGGCUCAGCCGUCCUGGGCCACGAGGUGGGGCUCCUGAAGCUGCCGCGGAAGGGCGCCAGGGUGCCCAAGGCUGGGGCAUGGUGCCAAGUAGCCGGCUGGGGCUCCGUGUCGGACUUCCAGGACGCGCCCCCCGGGCUGAUGGAGGCCAAGGUCCGCGUGCUGGGCCUGGACGUCUGCAACAGCUCCUGGAGCGGCCAGCUGCGCCCAGCCAUGCUCUGCACUCACAGUGGGGACCGCCGGCGGCGCGGUUUCUGCUCGGCAGACUCCGGGGGGCCCUUGGUGUGUGGGAGCAGGGCCCAUGGCCUGGUCUCCUUCUCCGGUUUAUGGUGUGGAGACCCCAAGUACCCCGACGUGUACACACAGCUGUCUGCCUUCGUGCCUUGGAUCUGGGGCGUGGUCCGCCACCACCACAGCACCGUCUAG